GCAAUUCCACUGCGCAACUCCACUGCGCAACUCUAAUUACGAGCAGAGACCACGUGGUUGCAAAGUCUAGAACGUUCCACAAGUUCUGAAGCCGACGAGAUGCCCAUCAAAUUCGGUUACUGGAAGAUCCGAGGGUUGGCACAGCCAAUUCGUCUUCUCUUGACAUAUACGGGAGAAGAGUUCGAGGAUAGAAGAUAUGAAAGAGGAGUUGAUGAUGUUGAGUGGUUUGAAAAAGACAGGAAGACACUGGGAUUGGCAUUUCCAAAUCUGCCAUAUCUGGUUGAUGGUGAUGUGAAAAUUACUCAGAGCAAUGCGAUCUUGCGUUACGUCGGCAGGAAACACGAUCUCUGUGGAAAGACGGCGAAUGAACAAGUGCGAGUUGAUAUUAGUGAAAACCAGGUGAUGGACAUGCGAAACGCAUUUGUCGGACUUUGCUACAACAAAACGGGAGCAAGUACAGACAAAUGGGAGGAGCUCAAGGCUGCAUACAUUUCAAAACUGCCUGCUACACUCAAGUCAUUCUCUGACUUUAUUGGUGACCAAAAAUGGCUUGCAGGAAACAAUCUGACGUUUCCCGAUUUUCACUUCUAUGAAAUGCUCUCUCAACACUCGAUCAUCUUUCCUGGCUGUCUGGACGGCUUUCCAGCACUGCAGUCUUAUGUAGCUCGUUUUGAGAAGUUGCCUGCUAUUAAGGCAUAUAGAGCAUCCUCAUCCUUUCUUGAGCGACCAAUCAACAACUCUGCUGCACGUCUCAAGUGAAAGUUUGAUUGUGAUGGACAGUGGCCACGUUUUGCUGCUUUGAUUUCUGCAUAGUUAGUACUAAGGUAAUUGCAUCUCUCAAUCGCAUUUGUAUCAGCUGGGUUGGGUACAGUGAGUUAGACAGACAGAUCUGGUUCUUCAUAAGAAAGUGCAACAAGU